AUGGCAUCUGGAAAUUUUGCUAAAUUAUUUUUUACGCUGAUCUGCAAUAAAGUAUAUUGUUCAUCACUUGGCAGGGACAACGGUCUUGGAAACAAUUACGUGUGGGCCGGAUCCCUUGAAUCUGGUAUACAUAUAGCAACAGUUCACAAUAAGCCAGUUAUGGUCAUUAUUCACAAAUCAUGGUGCAAAUCCUGUAAGAACCUAAAGCCAAAGUUUGCGAAUUCUACCGAAAUUCAGUCGCUAAGUAAACAUUUUGUUAUGGUCAACUUGAUGGAUGACGAAGAACCAGAAGGCAACAAUUACGCUCCGGAUGGAACAUACAUACCUCGAAUACUUUUCGUUUCACCGAAAGGUCUAGUGGAUCACGACAUUGUCAACGAAGACGGCAGCAGUCAGCACAAAUAUUUCUAUAGUAAGCCAGAGCAGAUCGCCAAGUCCAUGAGGAAAGCCCUCGAGAAGUACAACAUGGAAAAAUUUGACGUGUGA